GAAGUAAACGGAAGUGCUCAAUGUCUGUUUUUUUUUUUUUUUCAUAAAGAUUGUUGGCUAUUUAAAUUAUUCUCUGCAGUCUUUCUGUUCGGCUAACCUACUGUUUAUUUUAGGAAGUUGCAGCGUCUUUAGCUCGUUUACACAAAUUUUAUCGCGUUAUUUUUUUUUCAAUGUAACUGCAAACAUCAAAGAUUCUCCACCGCGUGAGGCGAGUUGAACUUUGACUCACUUGGCAAUGCUUCGGGGCUCCUUGAAUUAAAGGCAGACUGUUUUUGAGUGGCGCAUUAACUGAUUUAACGCAAUUUAAGUGUAAAUAAAAUAAAGUCCAACGAAACUCAAGAGAUCUCUUCACGAUGAGCUCCAAGAAAGUGAUCGAGCUGUUCUACGACGUGGUCUCACCGUACUCAUGGCUCGGCUUUGAGAUCAUGUGUCGCUACAGAAAUGUGUGGAACAUCGACCUGAAGCUGCGUCCUGCGUUUCUGGGCGGCAUCAUGCAGGGGUCAGGCAACAAGCCUCCUGGUCUGGUUCCGAACAAAUAUCUGUACAUGACCAAGGAUCUGAGCCGCUUGGCGAAGUACUGUGAUGUCCCUCUGCAGCCACCGUCAGAUGCGUUUGAGGCCAUGUUCCAGAAAGGUUCUUUGUCUGCGAUGCGGUUUGUGACAGCCGUGCAGCAGCAGCAGAAAGGUGGAGACAAGCAGGUGGAGCAGGUUUCCCGUGAGCUGUGGAGGCGGAUCUGGUGCGAAGACAAAGACAUCACUGAACCUGCAUCACUCUCUGAGGCAGCGAAGAAAGCAGGACUGUCAGUCGAUGAGAUUCAGGAAGUGCUGAAAUUGUCCACCUCACAGAAGAUUAAAGACGAGCUGAAAAACACAACAGAAGAUGCGCUAAAAUAUGGGGCGUUCGGCUUCCCUCUGCUGGUGUGUCACAUCGACGGGGAGCCUCAGAUGUUCUUUGGGUCUGACAGAUUCGAGCUCAUGGCCCACUGCAUCGGGGAGAGGUGGUUCGGACCUAAACCGGAUCGUUCAGCUGCCAAGCUGUGAGACGACAGCUGUCCACACGUCCUGCUCUCACGCUGAAACGUUCCAACUAAUUUUCUUUGAAACAUUUUAGACUUCAGAAACUCUCAGCUGUGCCUUCUGGAAUCAAGCAGUUCAAGUCCUGGUGGAGCGGUAGAUGUAACUUCAGAUUAAUCCUGUGCUAAGAUCAUUCAGAGCACUUAAUAUUAUCUUAAAAAAUAAAAGUAUAAAAUAUGAAGUUUGAUGUCUGAAGCAUGCACAGUUUCAUAUGGAGCUGUUUUGUGUUCCUGUUCAGGUAAAUGUGAAUCGAAUCCAACUGUGUUUCAACUGUUUUUACAACUUUCACUAAAUUUAAGAUCAUAUCUGUAGCUUUGUUUUUAAUGCAUCUGUGAGUGUAGAAAGUAAAUAUUUAUAAACCAGCAGAAGGAAUCGUGACGGUUUUGAGUGGCAGCACAAAAUCAGUAUUUGUUUCUAAUAAAAUAAUUAAUUUAUGACAUAUAUUCAAGGUGCCCUUAAUAAUCUUUUUAUGUCUGAUUCAGUGUGACGCCUAAAAUUUCUUAAUCUUUCAGUAUUUUCAGUUCUUCCUAAGAAAAAACCAAGAUAAGAAAUUUCCAACUAAAGAAAUUAGAGGAGCACAUUUUCUUUUGUUCAGGAUGUAAAAUUAUCAGAAUAAACACAAGUGGAAAAGUAAGUAACUCAGUACCUAAGAUUAACAGUUUAUUUUGAAAUUAACUGCAUAUUUUUGCAUUUUUAAAAUCAGAGAAACAAGUAUUUUUACUAAAACUUUAUGCUUCAGAGUGCAUCUUUUUUUAUAUAAUUGCCAUAGUGGAACAAUGAAUUCUGAGUAAUAAAAAUGCUUACUGCUACUAAAUGAGUGUAAAUGAGUACUACAUUUGUCCAGAAACUUGAGAAAACAGUCA